AUGCCUGCUGAGGACCCAACGUCGCCCUCUGUUUUACCGGUGUCCAACGACGUGGCAGGAGAACUUGCCCAGCGAGCAGCUCGACGUGACUUUAUCGACUUACGCAUCGCUGAACUCGAGGAAGAGAUUCGAAAAUGGAAGAGCGACAGAAACGAGCUGUCUGAUAUUGCUCGGCUGCCACCAGAGGUACUCAGUCGGGUCUUCAUCCACUACCAGCAACUUUGCGCGUCAUUGUCCAGAAUCUCCGACUUUGGGAGAAUCCUGAGGCCCUUUGAAUGGACUCAAGUCACGCACGUUUCGCGGUAUUGGAGGGAUACAGCACUGGCUUUCCCGGAGCUUUGGUCCAACAUCCAGGCCACCACGAACCCCCGCUGGGCCCAGGUCAUGUUUGACCGGGCAAAACAAGCCCCGAUCUCCCUCACCUUCUCCUCGAACUCGAGCACCAGGCCAGAACUCGCCGAGGUGAUCAAAGAUGCGUGCUCGCAACAUCAUCGCUUGAAAGGCCUCAACGUCAUCGGCUACAACGACUUCAUUCGCCAGAUGCUCGAGAAGCUCACGUCUCCAGCCCCUAAUCUCCAGACACUGAAUCUGGAAUACGGUGGCUUGCCCUACGUCGACCUCGGGCGCCCAAGCAUUCCAAACAACCUUUUGGGAGGCGAAGCCCCGUCGCUUCGCCAACUCCACUUGUCCGGAUAUCAGUUUUCUUGGGCAACACUUCUACCUAUAUCCUCCCGCCUCACGUCAUUCAAGUUGAACUCUAUGCCCAGGAAAGCAGAUGGGUUCCCGGGUCCCGAUGUAGAUGUCUUUUUCCAAGGGAUGGAAGCUAUGCGAAACCUUCAGGAGUUGGAGUUGAAUAUCAAGCUUCCAAUCACACCUCUGUCCACGUUCCGCGUCAUCCCCCUCCCGAAACUCGAAUCUCUCAAACUAACCGGCUGUUUCCGCGAAUGCGAAAACGUCAUGAGGCACCUUGCGCUUCCUUCUUCCCUCCGCGCUACCUUCGAGGUCACCCACGAUGUACAAGACACCGAUGUCAAUGCAUCGACGUUCGGACAGACGUUAUCCUCUUCCUGGCUUUCUGGCCCGCUUUCGGAUCCGCCCUGCGUUAUCCGCGAUCUUGUCGUCGACAACAAUCACUACAGAGCAAGGAUCACAGGACGUCUUUCCGGCGUGUAUUCUCCCUCCGUACUCAACCUGACACUCAAUUCCAACAAAUUCCUAUCCGAGGUCCUCGCCGCUCUUCCCUUGAACGGUGUCACCAACCUCGGGUUGAUGACCGGGUUCACUGCAAAGGACCUAGGAACCUUGUCGCGACUACCAUCCGUCCGCACAGUCCAAACCGACCGAUUUGCUUCGGAAGAAUUUUUCGCGUACGCCCGACGGGAUCCUGCUUUGAACCUCGUCCCAACCAAGCCCAACAAGGGAGGAACAUCAAAGAACAAGGCCAAGAGAAAACCGAAAACGUCUCCUCCGAAACUCACCCGCUUCGCAUCCGUCAAGCGCCUUGUUUUUGAAUGUGCUGACUUUGAGAGCAUCGAUAUCGAGCAUUUCUUGGACUGGCUGAUGAUGAGGUACGAGUUGGGGAGGGAGAUUGAGUCGGUCAAGUUGUAUGGUUGCGUGAGGUUGUAUGAGGAUGAUGUACAGCGGAUUGAAGAGGUGGUUGUUGAUGUCGAUUGGGAUGGCGACGAGAUUGAGUAUUAUUCGGAUGAAGAGGAGGAGGAGGAUGAGGAUCAUGGGUGUGGUUUGCCGGGAUGUAUUAACUGCUACGGUGACGAUAGUGACUUUGCAGAUUACCUUCAGUACUUCUAA